AUGCUGCGCGCCUCAGCGGGCAGCAUUCAGUUCACUUCGGUGUACGAGUGCACUACCCCUAAUGCACCUUAUGCCUACCUCGUUGAGAUCGACGGGGUGCGCAUCCUCUUCGACUGCGGAUGGAACGAUGAGUUCGACACGUCCUUCCUCGACAAACUGAAGCCGUACCUGCCAACUGUGCAUGCCGUGAUCCUGUCGAGCCCACACAUCACUGCCUGCGGGGCCCUUCCUUUUGUCCUCAGCCACAUCUCCCCCGGCACGUUCGUAGCGGCGGCCGGUGGCACAUCAAAAAUCGGCGUGCACAGUGUCCUGCACUCCUUCCUGUACCAGUACCCGAACUCGCACACGUUCACCCUCGCAGAUGGGGAGUCCUUUACGAUGACGGUGGAUUCCAUCUACCACAGCUUCCGUUCUCUCCGUGAGCCGUACGGCGGCAAGGUCACCGUGAAAAACGAUGACGUCGAGGUCAACUGCUUCGCCGUCUUUGCUGGCCGCAUGCUGGGCGGCUACAGUUGGACAGUCAAGUACCAAAUCGAUGAGCUCUUCUACUGCCCCGACUUCUCGGUGAAGCCGUCGUACGCGCUGAAGCCGUUUGACGUGCCGACCACUGCGAACAUCGUUCUUGCGAGCAGCUUUCCCUUUCACAUGACCGGCGCGAAUCGGACGGCCAAAUACGAGGAGCAACUGAAGAGCCUCUUCAAGGAAUUCCAGCACACUCUGCGUGGUGGCAGCGACGUUCUCGUGCCUGUUAACGUCGCAGGUCGUGGUCUGGAGGUAUUGAACAUUAUUGUGCACCUCUUGGCGGAGCAGGGCGGCGACAAGUACAAGGUUGUUUUGGUGGCUGCCCAGGCACAGGAGCUGCUCGACAAAGCGGGCACCAUGACCGAGGCUCUGCAGGACUACUUGAUCCUCGAUGAUAAGCGCCUCUUUGCCAACGUCCUCACGUGUCGCAGCGCGGAGGAGGCGCUCACGAUCCAGGGCCCGAAGAUCUGUGUCACGGACGGUGCCUCCCUCGAUUUUGGGCCCUCCGCAGAGCUGCUCGAGUACUUCGUGAAGGGAAACCGCGACGGCGCCGAUCACCUCAUCGUCUUGACUGAGCCGCCGUUGCCAGGGACGAACGCGGCCGUUGUCACCGCCGCCGCCGACGGCGAGCGCCUCCACAUGCAAAUCACGCGCCGCAGUCGGUUGAGUGGGGAGGAAUUAGAGGAGUACUACAUUGAGCUCGAGCACGAAAUGGAGCAGCGCCGGCGCGAGUUGGAGGCGCAGAGCGCCUUCCAGAUUGUGCAAGACGACGACGAGGCUGCAGCUGCCAAACGAGAAGAGAACGACGACGAUGACGAUGAAUGGGCGACGACGGCGACGGGCCACGGCGGCGCAACUGAGAAGGCUGCCGCCUACGCCGGCACCAAGGAUGCAGACGCAGGUGGUGCUGCCCGCGCCGCAUCCAAGGCGAAGACGGCGACGACCCUUGGCUUGGUGUUGCCGCCCCCGCUACACUACCACUCGAAGCAUCUCAGCUUUCCCGUGCUGGAGACGACGAGCACUCUGAGCGCGGCGGCGCUGAAGCGCGUCGAUGUAACGUAUGGACUCCCUGUGAGCGAGGAGGAGCAGGUCGUGCUGCAGAAACGCGCACCUGCGCGUCAGCACAGCGAUGCGGGACCAGAAGCGCUGCAGGUGGAGAACGAUGCGCAGCGGCUCGCGAACAUCCCAUCGAAGGUGUCACGGGUUGCGGUGCAGGUGACCCGGCGCUGCCGCGUUGUCCUCUCCGAUCUCAGCGGCUAUCCCGACGCGCUCACCAUGAAGAGCGUCCUCAAGACAAAGUGGACGUUUGCAAAAAAGUUGGUCGGACUUCGCGGCAGCGCCGAGGACGGGCGGGCGUUUCUGCAUUUUUGCCGUGCCGACAAGGCGAUGAAGUGCGGCUCAAACGUGUUCAGCACCACCUCCUCCGGCGCACCGCUGGAACUGGCGACGCACGUGUACUCGUAUGCGGUGCAGCUGGAAUCGAGUCUGGCGCGUAGCCUGUCGCGGGGCCUCCGCCGUGUUCGCGAGACGAAGUCGAAGAGCACGUGGGAGGUCGGGUGGGUCAACGGUGAACUCUCUGGCGUGCGCGCAGAGGCCGACCUCGAGGAACCAGAGAUGCAGCGCCGUCGCUCCGACCGGGCCAUCUACUCCCUCGCCUCUGUGACAGCGGACAAGUCGCAGGCGUGCGCGACACAGCGGGAGCAGCGCGGGCUGCAGAGCGGCUCCUUCUUUGUUGGCGACAUGGACCUGCGUCGCCUGCGCGAGACGUCACGUCAGGAGAGCGGAUUGUACAGCGAGUUUCACAAGAAGGCGCCGCUUCUCGUCUUUGACGAAGGCGUGUGUGUUCGCAAAGGCGCGGACGGCACCGUCACGAUCUCCUCCAUCGCCACCCCAGCGCUGUUUGAUCUGCGCCGCACUGUUUACCGGCAGUACUCGCAGGCGCUAUAG